GCGAGUGCGGCGCCGGCCCGCGUCGGGGCGGCGCGGGAGACGGGAGCGCCGGGUCUGGGAUGGCGGGCACGCCUUGUGGGGAGCGGCCUUGAGUCCCGGGCGCCCCCGCGUCCUUGUCUGCGUCGCCGUCGGGGACGCGCGGCCGCCAGGAGAGACGCGAGCGCGCACAUGUCCCGCUAAGCAUUCGGAGCGCGUGUAGACGGAGCGCUGCUGCAGACGCGGCUCCCUGCCCCGCGUACCCGCGCCGGGCGCUGGCGGGAGACAGCCUCGCUGCCCCGUGUGGCGGCUGUCGCCGCGGACCCUGAGCAGGCGGGCUCUCGGGUCCGGGGCGGGCAGCAUCGCCACGGAGCCGUCGAGGAGCAACGUGUGCGGAGACGGUGCAGGCGGGGCGCCGGCCUGGCGCUGCCGCAGUGGAGUCGCUUCUGCCCCCGAACCCAGAGAACCAGUGGGGAGGGUGCCGCCCCCGGGACCAGAUGAGAGCGGCCCGCAGGGGCUUCCCGGACGGCAGGGAGAGCAAGUGCCUCCGCCCCGCCCCCCGCCGCUGCCGGAGGGAGGUCCUUCCGGGUCAGCUCUGCAGCCAGCACUUCCGCUCGAGCCAUGCUGCCUUCGCGCCUUCUCUCGGGAGGACCUCGGACCGUGUUUGGGGGCAUGGGGUGCUGGACUUGGGUCAAGCCCGGCCGGCUCCCUCCGCACGGCCCCCCCAGGCCGCUCUCGGCCAGCUGCGUGGACCUCGCCAAGCACCAGGACCCCCCCGGGAAGAAACUGCUCUCCGAGAAGAAGCUGAAGAGGCAUUUCGUGGACCAUCGGCGAGUGCUCAUCCGAGGGGGACAUGGAGGCGAUGGGGUGAGCUGCUUCCACAGUGAGCCCCGGAAGGAGUUCGGAGGCCCCGACGGUGGUGACGGAGGCGACGGGGGCCACGUCAUCCUGAGAGCUGACCAGCAAGUCAAGUCGCUGUCCUCCGUGCUGUCGCGGUACCAGGGCCUCCACGGGCAGGCCGGCGGCCGGAAGAACUGCUCCGGGCGAGGCGGCGCCGUCCUCUACGUCCAGGUCCCCGUGGGCACGUUAGUGAAGGAGGGCAGUGAAGUCGUGGCUGACCUGUCCCGCCCGGGCGCCGAGUACAUCGCCGCUCUUGGGGGGGCAGGAGGGAAAGGCAACCGCUUUUUCCUGGCCAAUGACAACCGUGCACCGGUGACCUGCACCCCCGGGCAGCCCGGUCAGGAGCGCAUCCUCUUCCUGGAGCUGAAGACGGUGGCCGACGCCGGGAUGGUCGGGCUCCCCAAUGCCGGGAAGUCCUCGCUUCUCCGGGCCAUCUCGAACGCAAGGCCUGCCGUGGCGCCCUACCCGUUCACCACCUUGAAGCCCCACGUCGGGAUCGUUCGCUAUGAGGACCACCAGCAAAUAGCAGUGGCCGACAUCCCGGGCAUCGUCCGGGGCGCGCACCGGAGCAGGGGCCUGGGGAGCUCCUUCCUCAGGCACAUCGAGCGCUGCCGCUGCCUCUUGUUCGUGGUGGACCUGUCGGAGCCAGAGCCGUGGACUCAGCUCGAGGACCUGAAGUGGGAGCUGGAGAAGCACGAAGCCGGCCUGUCGCAGCGACCCCACGUGGUCGUGGCAAAUAAGAUCGACCUCCCCGAGGCCAGAGCUGCCGUGGCCCAGCUGCGGGCGCGCCUGGGCCCCGGCGCCAUCGCGCUAUCGGCGGCCACCGGGGAGAACGUGGAGGCACUGCUGAUGCGGCUGCGGGAGCUCCACGGCCAGCACGUGGCCGCUCGGGGGUAGGAGCCGGGCCACCGCCCCGGGGUGGACUCUGAGCGGCCCCAGCUCAGCGCAGACACCGAGAGGUGCUUAUCGAGAAUCGGCAGCGCUGGUGCCGUGCCCUCCGCGGGCAGCUGGCCCCCCUCCAGCAGACGUGCCAGGACCUCAGACGCCGUGCUGAUGGCUGAGGUAGCCUCAUCCGUGUCGCCGAGUGCCCCUCAGUGGCGAGGACCCCACAGCCAUCAACUGUGGCCAAGUGACCCGAAUUUGGGUGAGCCGAGCGGGACACCACGCGUGGGACCCCGAGCGGGAGACACAGGCCCAGGAGCCCCCACACCGUGCCCGCCCCAGAGGCCUGCAUGCCCCACGGAGGGGACAGGAGGGUGAGGGGCCCGGGCGCAUCCGCAGGCGCGAGGCGCUUCUCAAGUGCCCCCGUCUGAGAGAAGCAGCAGGGGCGACGCCUCCCCCUUGUUCCCAGACUGAGCUGUGCUGUGUGGCCGCCGCUUGCUUCACGACCGAGUGCACCCAAUAUCCGACCCAGGGCCGCGGGUUCUGGCUCCCGGCCGCGUGUGGCUUAUUAACUGCGGGCGCAGACGCGUGCUCCCCCCAAAUGAAGUCUGACGCUUAGGGCACGGCCCUGAGGGCCCUUUAGGGACAAAGUGGACGUGGACCUAAGGUGAUGGGGAGCAGGGGCCCCUGGGCCAUGUGAGGGGACUAGCCACAGGGUCCCCGCCACCGGCUGCUGGGCUCCGGGUGUCUGUGAUCAUCAGCUUGAGCCUGAGCCUUCGGGAACAAUUCAGUUCUGAUCUGCUGUCACGCCUGCAACUGGAGCCAGCCUCCUUUGCCUGAAGCUUUAUUUUAAUGUCUCAGAAUUUCCCACGUCCUUGUGUUCUGGAAACAGAUGAGUUUGCGAUCUCUCUGCUCUCCCUGGGGCCGCCACAAAGGACCUCGUAGAGCAGCGUUAAUUAUCAUGGCCUUUCAUCUCUGGCUGGGCGCCGACACACGCGGUACCCCGUGCAGGGGCGACACUGGCUGCCUCCCUGCGUCUGCCCUGCUCUGGGCUGGGCCCCCAGCAGCCUCAGGGCCUGACCCAGAAGAGGCUCUGAUAAAUAUUUAUGGAAUGAAGAAAGGAAUGGUGUGUGACAUUAGGUACAUUUAAGUUUCUUUUCGUUUGAAAAUAUCUUGAGGGCCCCCCUGGGCGGCUCAGUGGGUUGAGCAUCUGACUCUUGAUCUCGGCUCAGGUCACGGUCUCACAGUCAUGAG